GCUAACGGUUAUAGUUAAUUAGUUCAGUAAUAGUCGUUUAACAAUUAUAAGUUAUUACAGCUUAAGUAACAAUUAGUUACGAAACACUUUUACCUCAACUCAACCGCAUCAGUUCCUCAGGUUGGUCGUUGAGAGGAAAUGCCCUUUUGUGACUCUUUUUUUGUUUUUGCGCUUCAUAAUAUUGUACAUUUCUAACCGUGUAUAGCCAACCGAGUGUUUUUCCAUUUGUUACUGUCAUUUCAGGGAUGGACAUGACGUUCUCUCCAAAACAGAACUAUACACCAAUAUCUGCCCUAAACACAAACAUCACACAUGCGAAGGUGGUUGGAGUGAUUAUUGGGAAAACUGAUUCAAGAGGAUUUCCUGACAGGAAAAACGCUGGCUCUGAAAGAUUCACUUUCAGUUUCACCAUCAAAGACUCACCAGAAGAUUUGAUCAAUGUGUCUGCAUGGGGAAAUGAGGAAUACAUCCAAGGGCUGAGCAGUCGCUUUCAAAUUGGGGAUUGUGUCGUAAUUGAAAAUCCCCUGGUUGUGACUAAAGACUAUGAGAAGGAAGAAAGAUUUUCCCCUCUAACCCCCAGUAAUUACAGGCUGUUGGUAACAGAGACUCACUCAGCCAUUAAGAUAUGCUCAGAUUUAGAAACAGAGGCAAGGAUUCUGCCAUUAUUCCACAUGCCAAUCAAAGACCCGAGGGACUUCUAUUCAUUGGGAGACAUAGCUGCAAAUGGUCAGAGGCUGGAUGGAAGCAUUAUUAACAUCCAAGCAGCUGUGCAAUCGAUAGGAGAGGAGAAAUUCUUUACAAAAUCUGAUGGACGCAAAGGACAGAGGCUAGAAAUACGACUCUUUGACGACACUGAGACAUCUUUUCCUCUAGUGUGUUGGGAUAAAGAGAUCAUUCGGAUGGUACAAACAUUGACAACAAGAGGAACAGUGCUGUUCAUUGCAGAUGCUCGCAUCACCUUUGACAGUUAUCGCAAUUGUAUGAUAGCAACUGUGACCUCAAAAACAAUUAUUACCCUCAACCCUGAUACAGCAGAAGCCAACCAGUUUUACACAUGGGCUAGGGAAUUGUUAGAAACCGGAGGACUGGAAGACCAAGAUAUUCUCCCAGGUGAUAAUGUUCAGUUGGCUUCAAUUAGUGAUGUGCUGACUGUGAACCAACUUAAAGCCAGAGUUCGAGAACAUGGCAAUGCUUUUCAUUGCAUAACAUAUGGGUUCAUUUCAACACUUGAACUAGAUUCCUCCUUCUCGAAAGUCAUACGCAACAGAUGUUCCAAAUGCAAAUUUAAAAUCAGUGAGGACAGUCAGACUUGUUCCAAUGCUGCCUGUCCAAGUCAAGGACUACAGCUCCAGGUCACUACAGGCUUUGAUCUGCUGGUGGACAUUAGUGAUCACACUGGGACUUUGCAGACAUGCAGCCUGGCAGGCACAGUGGCUGAGAAAACCCUGGGCUGUAAAACAGAAGAGUUUCUGUGUCUGUCAGAGUCUCAAAGGACAGAUAUGAAGUGGAAGUUUCUCCUGGAGAGAUGCAAAAUAUAUCUGAAGGCUUUUCCAUCUGCUAAAGCCAGUAGUGGAAUGAGGGCAAGCAUUCUCUCAUGUGCCCUUGCUGACCCUGUGGAAGUCAAGCAAAAUCUUGCCUCAUUAGUGAUUUGAUGCUGUUUUGCAACACUUCUUCAUGUGAAAUGAAAUUAACUGUACUUGUUACAUUAACAGUUUUGUAACACAUAGUUGUUCCAUGCAUGCUA